AUGCUUCUCGUUCUUCUCAUCGCUGCGACCGGCGUAGCAGAGAAGUACAUCACGACUGAAACGCUCAACGGCCACGUAAGGGGCGUCAUAGAAGACGUGGAUGGCGUAGACGUGGAAAGGUAUUUGGGCAUUCCGUACGCGGAACCACCUGUAGGAGAGCUAAGGUUCAGACGACCAGUGCCAGCAAAAUCAUGGCGUCCGACGACUCUGGACGCACUGAAGUUCUCAAGCCCUUGCGCCCAAGCCAACGGGUCUUUUCCUCCAGUUCCCUGGCUUGUAAAUAGAGACCAGGUCAGAGAGGACUGCCUAUACUUGAAUGUGUGGAGCCCUCUAAGAAGGAACAAUCCGCUGGGAGUUCUCUUCUGGAUCCACGGCGGGGGCUACAGAACUGGAACCGCCUCGGAGUCCCUCUACGACGCCAAGACCUUGGCGGCUGUGGGCGAUAUCGUCGUCGUUUCGAUCAACUUCAGAGUCGGUUCUUUCGGUUUUCUCUACACUGGUCCGGGCUCAUCCAGCGGUAACUACGCUCUCUGGGACCAGCACCUCGGCCUUCUCUGGGUGCGGGAUAACAUCGCCCAGUUCGGAGGUGACCCUGGACGAGUGACCGUGUACGGCGAAAGCGCUGGUUCGAUAGGUAUCGGUGCGCUGCUCGUCGCGCCUUGUAACGCCGGUCUCAUUCACCGUGCCAUCAUGUCCAGCGGAAGUAACUACUGGCUGGUUCCGCCGCAGAAUGUCGUGGGCCACGCGUACACCGACCGAAUCGCCAAGUACGUAGGAUGCCUGGACCAGUCGAAGCCUUCGUCCAAGACUCACCCAAAGGAGGUUGUGGAAUGUCUUCGCAGGGCGCCCGUCGCGAAGAUAAUCGAUGCCGAAGAUACCCAGUUUUCCGUAGAGCUAGUGACAUUCACUCCUUCCCACGGCGACGACUACCUCCCGGUACCGGAGCUGGAGGCUAUUGCCCGAGGCUUGUUCAUUCCUCUGGAAAGCAUUCUUGCAGGAGGCAUGGCGGAAGAGGGCAGCAUGUUCGUUUACUUCAGGGGGCCAUCCUUCGCUAAGAUCACGUCCGGGCCCAAACUAACGAAGCAGGAGGCAGCUGACUUCGCAGCGCGCCACUACUUCAGCUUCUUGCCCAAGGCGACGCAGUCGAUGAUUACCGGCAGCUAUCUGCGCCGCGUGCCUGGCGUCAAUGACUGGACAGGGAACUUGCGAGCGCUCAUGGACACCCUGGGUGACUUUGUCAUCUUCUGCCCGACCAGAUUCUACGCCGAGGCGUUCGCCAAGACGAACCAUCCCGUCUACUUCUACGUGUUCGAUUACCAAUACAAGCGCGGUCUUUGGCCGCCCUGGAUGGGUGCGACACAUUACGAAGACCUCCAGUUCACGUUCGGAAUGCCUUUCCGCUUUCCCGAACGUUACUCGAAUGCUGACCGCGAGCAGAGCAAAGCCUGCAUGGAAUUAAUAGGCUCUUACGUCAACAAUGGGAGGCCUGCGGUGCCGGGAGGCGGCGAGUGGCCUGCGUUCACCAGGCAGCAACCGCUGCACGUGUUCUUGCGUGCCAUCAAUGCGAGCAUCGGAUCGGACUUCCAUGGGGAAGGAUGCGACGUCUACCGCAUGCUGUACAGGCUUCUGGGCGUCCCUGCGCCCUGAGGCGUCCCCCAAUACGAAACCACCGUGAAUGCAAAUAAACCGGUGUAA